UUCGAAGUGGCAGAUUUUUGUCGAAUGUAGCAGAAUUUUCAAAGACGUGGUAGAUUUUUUUGUUAUUUUCCUCUAGUCACCUUAGGACUGGGAACAAGUCUACUGCGUUGCAAUGGCGGCACCUUUCGAGUCGCAGGAAACACACGAUCGUGAAACAAUCCGAAAGCUUUUCCUUUCCAUUGUUCCUCAGAUGCUCGAAAUUGAAGACCAGUCGAGCAACACAAGUAUAGAUGCUAGUCUUGACGAGCAAAAUGCGAGAAAACGACGCUAUGAAAGGCAACAGUGCAGAAGACGUCUUUCAUUAUCGAGCAAAAUGCGAACAAUGUUCAUCCCGUACACGCUGACGAAUGGGAUGUCAUUAACUACUAAUAAUGAACCAUCAGUUGAAAGACGUCUAUGGACAAGGGAAAGAAGUAGUAUGUGGUGGGAUGUCGUCGUCAAGGAACACUGGACCGACCAAGACUGGAUAGAAAACUUCAGAAUGACCAAAUCAACCUUCAUGUACAUCUGUGAGAAGGUACGAGAUAAGAUCACAUACCACAACACUAACAUGCGUCGAGCGCUCCCCGUGGAGCAACGCAUGGCCAUCACGAUAUGGAGACUUGCCACCAAUUGUGGAUACCGUGUCAUCGGUGAUCUGUUUGGCGUUGGGGUUUCUACAGUUUGUACCAUCAUACAGCAAACCUGCAAGGCGUUCGCCUCCUCCAUGCAACAAGAAUUCAUGGUUUUACCGGCCAAGGACAAACUUCAGGCCAUUGUAGAUGGGUUCAUGAACGAGCAUGGCUUCCCACAAGUCGCUGGGUGCAUCGCCACUUGCCACAUUCCAAUCAAACGCCCAGAUUCCAACAAUUCUCAGGACUACAUCAAUGCUGAGGGUAACCCAACCAUUAUUCUUCAGGGAAUAGUAGAUCACAAGGGACAGUUCUCCGAUGUCAGUGCAGGCUGGCAAGGCUCAACAUCUGAAGAACAGAUCCUACGACAAUCUCCCUUGUAUCAACCAAUACGUGAUGGGGCCCUAUUCCCAGACAGUUCAAUAGAAAUUGAAGGAGAGAGUAUCCCUGCUCUAUUACUCGGAGGAUCAGGAUACCCGCUGCUGAGGAAUGUCAUGAAACCGUUUCCAGGGCAGGAUGGCACUCUUAAUGAUUUUCAACAGCUUUUCAAUGAAAAGCUGGGUGGUGUCCUUAAGGUAGCAGAGGCCGCAUUCCAACGUCUCAAAGGACGAUGGCAGAUCCUACAGAAACGGAACGAGCACAAAAUUGCAUUUAUUCCUGACAUCAUCACAACGUGCUGUAUCCUGCACAACAUAUGUGAACGACACGGAGAACCGUUAAGUCAGGAUAUUGAGGAACCACAGCCGAGCCACCCACCUAUUCAUCCGACCCAAGAUGAUGAUGCAAGUGCCGAACAGACCCGAGAUGCUCUUGCUUCUUAUUUCUUUAAGAGGCUUGCGAAUGUACAAUUUCUUUGAAUGUCUGGUUGAUGCACUGAUCCAGAGUGUCGGUGAAGAUGGAUAUUUAUUAUCUUGUGCAAUGGUUGGGUUUAUCUUGGUGCAAGAGAUUCUUAGCAGAGUAGUUCACGAUAGACGUACAGCCUAUGUACUGCGUACCACACAGUUCCCAUUCACGAACCUGACUCGGCCAACGAACCGCACGCAAAGAAUGUCUUUGGAAAGUUCUCAUUGCAAUAGGGCGUGACUUAAAUUAUGGCGCAUGCGCAUCGGUGGAAAUAAAUAGCUGUUCCGAAAACUGUUAGUCGGGCAACAUACCAUACACAUGGAAUCGAUGGCACUACAUGUUGACCACCAGUUGAUCGUACAGUUUGGUUGAAUCUUGGCCAUGCUCAAUUGAUGUAGAACACUGAUUUUUCGCCUUCCAGGGCCCAGUUUUUUUGC